CAGAACCGGAAAUAAAACAUAACACGGCAAGGCCGACCAGUAGUCACACGUGGGUCUGAGAGUUGGGGAUGUUGUUGUGUCUGUUUUAAUCAGAAACAUGCCGAAGAGAACGAAGGCCAGUCCGGAGGAAAACACCCCGGCAGAGGAGCAGGUCGAGGACCCGCCGGCGGAGGGCAGGCGGACCCGCAGCGGCCGCACGGUGCGUCUUCCUGCCGCGCUGCGGGACUCCAGAACCCCGGCGAAGACUCCCAGCCGAAGGACCAGAAGGUCCGUCCUGCAGGAGCUGCCGCCGCCGGUGGAGGAACAAACCCCCGAAGACACGGAGCUGAAACCAGAGAGCCCGGCUGCGGAGGAACCCGGUGCGUCUGUGGAACCAGAGCCGACAGAACCCACUGGACCGGCAGAACCCACGGAGCCCGCAGACCCACCGGCCCAGGCAGCGGCGGCGGAGACGGAGACGGACCUCUCUGAGGGUGGAGGAGAACAUCAGGUGUCCAAAUCUGCCACGGCUGAGAGAGCGCCUGUGGCUUCAGACGGCAUCCCCAAGAAGAAGCCUCACCUGGCUCCAGGUGCCAGACAGAUCCCUGCGGUUCCUCUGGGCAGACCCAAGUCCGGGAGAGUGUGGAAGGACCGGAACAAGCAGAGGUUCUCUGCGUUGGUCCGGGACAAACCGCUGUGCUCCUCCUGGGAGAAGAAGAUGCAGGCCAAGCGGGAAAAGGACCUGAUGAAGCAGUACACGGCCAAGCUGAAGGAUGAUAAAGCCCAGAAGAAGGAGGAAAAGAGGAAACGGCGAGAGGAGAACCUGAAGCGGCGCGCAGAGAACGAACGCAAAGCCGAGAUCGUGCAAGUGAUCCGGAACACGGCGAAGAUCAAGAGGAUGAAGAAGAAGCAGCUGAGGAGAAUCGAGAAGCGAGACACGCUGACGCUGCUGCAGAAGUCACAGAAGCAGAGCGUGCCGAGCAAAGCGCAAAAGAACGUUCAGCAAGAUUUGACUUAAAAGAUGUCAGACAAUAAAUUGCAUCUGUCCAGAAAAGA